AGUCAUUUAACAUGAACUUCUGUCAACUGUCAUUUCGUGGUUAUCCAGGUGUGAAUUUUGAGAAUAAUUUAAAUAAUUCUCUGUGUCAGAGUUUAUAAAAUAGAUCUAAAACGAACCGCUAAAGCAAAAUGAAACCUCUCAUUCUUCAUGGGCACGAACGUGCCAUCACGCAAAUAAAAUACAAUCGCGAGGGCGAUCUCUUAUUUUCUUCCUCAAAGGAUACUAUCCCAAAUGUUUGGUACUCUUUAAACGGUGAACGUCUGGGUACCUUUAAUGGCCAUCAAGGUGCGGUUUGGUGCAUUGAUAUUGACUGGACAACAACCAGAUUUUUAUCUGGAGCUGGCGAUAAUUCACUGAAAUUAUGGGAUGUCGAAACUGGCACCACAAUAGGGACAAUCAGCACAAAUUCACCUGUUCGUGCUUGCAAUUUUAGCUAUUCGGCAAAUAUGGCAGUAUUCGCGACCGAUAAAUCUAUGGGUCAUCAAUGUGAAAUUCACAUUAUCGAUGUGAGAAAUGCAGAUGAAAGUUUGGGCAAGUCCUCUCCAAUUUUGAGGAUACCCAUAAAUGGUCCGAGAGUGUCUUCGUUGAUAUGGGGUGCGUUAGACGAAACUCUAUUAACCGGGCAUGAAGAUGGGGAAAUUAUGCAAUGGGACCUACAGACGGGCAAAAAAAUAAGCAACAUUAAAGAGCAUGAUAAGGUGAUAAUGGAUAUGCAAAUGUCGAAAGACGCGACCAUGUUUAUUACUGCAUCAAAAGAUCAUACGGCUAAACUAUUUGACUCUGAUAAUCUUAUGUUACUUAAAACUUACAAGACAGAACGGCCUGUUAAUUCGGCAGCUGUGAGUCCGAUUUUGGAACAUGUUGUACUUGGCGGGGGUCAGGAUGCUAUGGAUGUAACAACAACUUCAGCCAGAAUAGGAAAGUUCGAUUCUAGAUUCUUCCAUUUAGCUUUUGAAGAAGAAUUUGGCCGUGUCAAAGGACAUUUUGGACCAAUUAAUAGUGUUGCAUUUCAUCCUGAUGGUAAAAGCUACAGUUCGGGCGGAGAAGAUGGAUAUGUACGAGUUCACAAUUUUGAUCAAUCAUAUUUUGAGUACGGCUUUGAUUAUUAAACAGAGAAAUGUUUUGUAUUGGUCCAAUAAAUAAGUAUAAGGAAGUGAUUUUUA